AUGAAAGGAUUGAUUAAUAUUAAAAAUAAUGACAAUGAAUGUUUCAGAUGGUGUCAUAUCCGAUUUUUAAAUCCUCAAGAUUCACAUUCAGAACUAAUUAAAAGAUCUGAUAAACAUUAUUUAGAAAAAUUAGAUUACUCUGGAAUUGAAUUUCCUAUAAAAAUCAAUCAGUACAAUAAAAUUGAAAAGCAAAAUGAGAUUAACAUUAAUGUAUUUGGAUAUGAAAACAAACAACCAUAUCCCAUUUAUGUGUCAAAAGAAAAAUAUAAAAAUCAUAUGGAAUUAUUACUAAUAACUGAAAAGGAAAAUAAACAUUAUGUGCUAAUAAAAGAUUUUAAUAGAUUUAUGUACAACAAAACCAAGCAUGAGCAUAGAAAACACUUCUGCAUGCAUUGCCUUCAGUGUUUUAGCUCUGAAAGUGUCUAUUGUAUUCAAGUAAAUGGAACUCAAGCAGUAAAAAUGCCUGAUAAAGAUAAAAACAUAUUAAAAUUCAACAACUUUCAUAAACAACAGCCUGUGCCAUUUGUGAUCUAUGCAGACUUUGAGGCUAUAACAGAAAAGAUAUCGGGUUGUCAACCUAAUGAUGAUAAAUCAUAUACAAAUGCAUAUCAAAAACAUACUGAUUGUGGUUUUGGUUAUAAGGUUGUCUGUUGUUAUGAUGAUAAAUAUAGUCAACCCCUGAAAAUAUAUAGAGGUGAAAAAGCUGUUUAUACAUUCAUGGAAUACCUUUUAGAUGAAGUUAAAUAUUGCAAGAAAGUUAUGAAAAAAGAAUUCAAUAAACCAUUGAUAAUGACAAAGGAAGAUGAAGAGAAAUUUCUAAAAGCUAGUGAAUGUUAUAUUUGCAACAAGAAAUAUACUGAUAAAGAUAUUAAAGUCAGAGACCAUUGCCACAUCACAGGUAAAUAUAGAGGAUCAGCACAUCAAGAAUGCAAUCUGCAACUUAGAUUAAACCCUGAAGAAGUUAAAAUACCCGUUAUAUUUCAUAAUUUGAGAGGGUAUGAUAGUCAUUUUAUAAUGCAAGAGAUUGGAGCCAUUGUUAAGAACCAUACAUAUAAAAAUAAAAAAGGAGAAGAGAAACAGAUGAAUAUAAAUGCAAUUCCAAAUAAUAUGGAAAAAUAUAUGGCAUUCAUGUUAGGUAAUCACUUAACAUUUAUUGAUAGUUUCCAGUUUAUGAGUUCAAGUUUAGAAAAACUUGUGAGUAAUUUACCAAAAGAAUCAUUAAAGUAUACAAGCAAAAGUUUUAAAGGUGAGAAACUUGAUUUGAUGGUAAGAAAAGGAGUAUAUCCUUAUGAUUAUAUGGACUCAUUUGAAAAAUUCAAUCACAAGCUGCCAUCUAAAGAAGAUUUUUACAGCAUAUUAAAUGAUCAACAUAUAUCAAAUGAAGAUUAUGAACAUGCUCAAAAUGUUUGGAAUAAAUUCUCUCUUAAAAAUAUGGGUGAUUAUCACAACUUAUAUCACAAGUCUGACAUUCUUCUAUUAGCUGAUGCAUUUGAAGACUUUAGAAAUACUUGUCUUGAAUACUAUAAACUUGAUCCAUGUCAUUAUUUCACAUCUCCCGGUUUGUCUUGGGAUGCUAUGUUGAAGAUGACAAAUAUAAAAUUAGAACUUAUGACUGAUAUUGAUAUGUUUCAGUUUAUCGAAAAAGGAUUACGCGGUGGAAUAAGUUAUAUUGCAAAUCGUUAUAGUAAAGCAAAUAAUAAAUAUAUGAAAGAAUAUUAUGAAAAUAAACCAUCUAAAUAUAUUAUGUAUUUAGAUGCUAAUAAUCUUUAUGGAUGGGCAAUGAGCCAAUAUCUACCAACUGGUGGAUUCAAAUGGAUGACACAAAAACAAAUAGAUAAUAUAGAUCUAGCUAAAUAUAAAGAAGAUAGUAAAAAUGGUUUGAUACUUGAAGUAGAUCUUAAAUAUCCACAAGAUUUACAUAAUUUUCAUAAUGACUAUCCUCUUGCUCCAGAAAAGGUUAAAGUUACUGAUAGUAUGUUAUCAAAUUAUAGUAAAAGAAUAGCUGAUAAAUAUAAUAUAUCAACUGGUCUUGUAUACAAACUAAUACCAACACUUAGCAAUAAAGAAAAGUAUGUUUUACAUUAUAGAAACUUGCAAUUAUAUAUUGAUCUCGGUUUGAAAGUUAGUAAAGUUCAUCGAGUACUUGAGUUUAAUCAAUCUCCUUGGCUUAAACAAUAUAUUGCUUUCAAUACUGAAAAGAGAAAGAAUGCUAAAAAUGCUUUUGAAAAAGAGUUCUUCAAGUUAAUGAAUAACAGUGUAUUUGGUAAAACUAUGGAAAACAUCAGAAAGCGAGUUGAUGUUAGACUUGUAACUGAUGAGAAAAAACUGUUGAAGCUAACCAGUAAACCAACUUAUGUUAGUUGUAAGAUAUUUAAUGAAAAUCUAGUUGCUGUUCAUAAGAUCAAAGAAACAAUUACUCUAAACAGGCCGGCAUAUGUGGGUAUGUCCAUCUUAGAUCUAAGCAAGACUUUAAUGUAUGAUUUUCAUUAUAAAUAUAUUAAAAAGAAUUAUGGAGAAAAAGCUAUGUUAUUAUUCACUGAUACAGACUCUCUAACUUAUGAAAUUGAAGCUAAUGAUGUUUAUAGAGAUUUUUGGAUUGAUAAAGAUAAAUUUGACAACAGUGACUACCCUGAAGGCUCACCUUAUUUUGAUAAGACAAAUAAGAAAGUAAUUGGAAAAUUUAAAGAUGAAGCUGCUGGAGUUCCUAUUUGUGAAUUUGUUGGUUUAAGAUCAAAAAUGUAUAGUUAUAUAAAAGAUAAUGAAAAAGGAGGUAAAACUGCUAAAGGAAUCAAGAAGAAUGUUAUUAAGAAUAACAUAACACAUGAAAACUAUAGAGAUACACUCUUCAAUAAUAAACAGAUGCAUCAUAAAAUGAAAACUAUCAGAAGUGAAAACCAUCAACUUGGAAGUUAUGAAAUCAAUAAAGUAUCACUCAGCUGUUUUGAUGAUAAAAGAUAUAUACAUGAUGAUGGAAUAACAAGUUAUGCAUAUGGACAUUUUAAAAUAUCAGAUAAAGUUCCCAAUAGAAUAUAA